AAAGAAUUUGUAUUAGCUACUGAUAUCUUAUAUUUAGGAUUUGAAGCUACUUUAAAUCAAAUAUCAAGUGAUCAAAAAGAACAUCCUAUUGCUUAUACAAGCAAAAGCCUAAAGAAGGAAGAAAUAAACUAUAGAGCUACAAAAAUAGAAUAUGUUGCAAUAGUAUGGGCCAUUGA